AUGCGCGCUUCUACCGUCUUUUCCUCCUUCGUUCUUCUCGCCCUGGCCGGCGUCGCUCCUGCCCUUCCUCUGUCACCAUUUCGCCACCACUCAGCCGCUGUAAAGGCAAGUCAGAAAGCUAAGCGGGAUGCCUCGAGCAAGCUCGUCGUGGCACACCACAUAGUGGGCAACACGUAUCCGUACACGCAAGCCGACUGGCUCGCGGACAUCAACCUCGCCCAUGAGUCCGGCCUGGACGGCUUUGCACUCAAUGUCGGCCCUGAUUCUUGGCAGCCUGCCCGUGUGGCGGAUGCAUACCAAGCCGCAGAGAACUCGGGCACGGGCUUCAAGCUGUUCAUGUCUUUCGACAUGUCCGUGCUUCCCUGUGGGGACGCUUCGGACGCCUCUGCGCUGACGUCGUAUAUCACAACGUACGCGUCUCAUCCGAACCAGCUCACGAUGAAUGGGCGGGUAUUUGCGUCCACGUUCUCCGGCUCGGAUUGCACGUUCGGCCAGUCAAGCGCAGCCGAGGGAUGGACGACACAGUUCAUUGACCAGCUGACGGGGAGCAAUGCGGUGCACUUCGUGCCUGCGUUCUUCGUGGACACCAGCUCGUUCUCGACGUUCGAUGGUGUGAUGGAUGGUGUGUUUAACUGGAAUGGGGGCUGGCCAACAGAAUUGUCUGCAUCUGGCCUUUCGACAGACCUGGCCGCAGCGAUUUUCAGCAGCUCCAUCCAGUCCGAGCUGAACGCGACCAUCGGCUCAUUCGCUAGUGACUCCCAGUACGUGAGCGGCCUCAGCUCGCUGUCGAGCUCCGACAACGGGACGACAUUCAUCGCCGCCGUGAGCCCGUGGUUCUACACGCACUACGGCAAGAGUUCGUACAACAAGAACUUCAUCUACCUCUCGGACUACCACCUGUACAAUAACCGAUGGGACACGAUCAUCGCGAACCGCGACAGUAUCGACGUCGUCGAGGUUAUCACGUGGAACGACUAUGGCGAGUCGCACUACAUCGGGCCCAUCGAGGGCGCGCAGCCCGACUCGCAGGACUGGGUGGACGGGAUGGACCACACCGGCUGGCUGGCGAUGACGAACUACUACGCGACGGCGUUCCGCACGGGCGCGUACCCCGCGAUCACCCAGGACCAGCUGUACCUUUGGGCGCGCCCCCACGCCAAGGACGCUAGCGCGUGGAACGACACGAUCGGUCCGCCGACCAGCUACCAGCUGACCGAAGACCUCCUCUGGGCAGUCGUGUUCGCGACUGAGCCAGGGACCGUCACGCUGACGACGUCGUCGACGAGCAGCUCCACCGUCGCCGUCGGCGCAGGCGUGACGCAGCUCUUGAUGGAUCUCGCGGACGGCGCGGGUAUGGCGGGCACGCUCACGCGCAACGGGCAGACGGUGCUCGCUGUUGACCCUGGAGACGCGUAUACGUUCACGACGACCCCGGAGUUCUAUAACUUCAAUGCGUUUGUCGCGUACGCAACCUCGGGUUAG